UUCAUAAGCAUUUGUUUAAAUCGUUUUGACAACGUCAACGUUCAAUGUUAUUUGUUCUUUUAGCCCAGAAUUUAUUAGUUAGAUAAAAAUUAUUAGUUCAAACCACUUCAAGAUUUAACAAAAUGUAUGACCCAAACGCUUUUGUAAAUGUUGUUAUCUCAAAACCGAAAGAAAAAUUUGUUUGUCCAAAACCUGCACCACCAGAAACCUUAUUAGCAUGGUUUGAUAGACAUUGUGAAAAAGAAUUAAACAAGCACAAAACACAACUAAACGUGUCUAUAGAUACUGCAACAGCCGUCCAAGCUUCGAUAACAGAAAAAAGUGUGUGCGCGCCUCGCGACCAAAAGCAGAAAAAAUUAAUUUCGCACAGCGUUAGCGGAAUUGAUUUAGCAUGCCGAUUAAGAGGCGAACAAGAGACAGAGUUGUUAACGGCAGUGGAAAAGUUGGCCAAAGCGGAAGCUAUGGUGGCGUUUGAAGGAGCCGUUCGCGCCGCCGAAGAUGCAGCUACAAGAGUCCCCCCGGAAUUCGCCGAAGAAGCUGCAGCAGCGACUGUUAGAUCUUACCAAGCUGAAUUAACCGAAGUGGUUAAAGAGGUGCUCCCAGGAACGAGACCGAUUGAAGUUGUGGGAUACGUUGGGAUAACUCGGCCAAAAAAUCCGGCAAAAACAGCGUAUACUUUUAAUGGUUAAAAAUUUUUUUUGUUUUGUUUAAUGUUUAAUCUAAAUUUUAAUGAGAUAAA